GCCAGGGAAGGCGCCCGUCCCCCACUUCGCCGCUUUCCGCCGCCAAUCGCCCGGGACAUCCCCCACACCGAGCCCGGCCGCCGCCGCCGCCGCCGCGCCAUGGCGAUCGCAAGGCAAGUGCUUUGUCUCUCUGCUUUCCUGGCGCUGCCGCUCGCUCGCGCCGAGCCCAUCCGCUACUCCGUAGCCGAGGAGGCGGAAAGCGGCUCCCUGGUCGGCAAGCUGGCGGAGGACGCGGGGCUGACGCCGCCGCAGCUGUCGGCUCGCCGCGCCCGCCUGCUCUCGGAGGACGGCCGGCAGCAUUUGCGCUUAGACCGCGGCUCCGGCCGCCUCCUCGUGGCGGGGAGGCUCGACCGGGAGGAGCUGUGCGCCCACUCGGCCACCUGCAUGCUCCCCUUCGAGCUGCUGCUCUCCGACCCCCUGCAGUUCUUUCGGGUUGAGGUAUUUCUAGAGGAUAUCAAUGAUCAUUCGCCUGUGUUUCCAAAGAAACAUGUAAUUUUUAAAAUUCCAGAAACGAGUGACCUGGGCUCUCGUUUUCCGAUGGAAGGGGCUCGGGAUCUCGAUAUUGGCAGCAAUAGCAUCCAGACAUACAUCAUAUCUCCCAAGAACGAGUACAUUAGUGUCACCUAUGGAACUCGGACUAAGGAUGACAAAUAUGUUGAACUCGUUUUGGAAAAGCCGCUAGACAGAGAGGAGCAGGCAGAGAUGAGUUUCAGUGUUAUUGCUGAAGAUGGGGGCUCUCCUCCAAGAAGUGGCACCACCGAAGUGAAAAUUGUCAUUCUAGAUGCAAACGACAAUGCUCCCAGCUUCACACAGCAGGUGUAUAUUGGAAAGGUCCUGGAGAACAUGCCAGAGGGCUCAUUGGUUCUGACUGUGCUGGCAACUGACCAGGAUGCAGGAGUUAAUGGGGACAUCUCCUAUGAACUCAGCCAGGCAGAGGAACAGAGCUACUCAACAUUUGUGAUUGAUCCCAGCAAUGGUGAAAUAAAACUCACAAAAUCCCUGGACUUCGAGGAAGCAGACACUCACGAUCUGAUUGUGAGGGCCACAGAUGGUGGGGGGCUCUCAGCAAUUUGCAAAGUGCUGGUGGAGGUGGUGGAUGUGAAUGACAAUGCCCCAGAGCUGACGGUCAGCUCCUUCAGCAGUCCCCUCCCCGAGAACACAGUGCCCGGCACCGUGGUUGCCCUGUUUACGGUCAGGGAUCGCGAUUCUGGUGCCAACGGGAAGAUCUCGUGUGCCCUGGACGAUCAGCUCUUCUUCUCCCUGCGGCCAGCCUACAAGAAUUACUAUGAGCUGGUGACAGUGAGCGCGCUGGACCGCGAGCACACGGCUCGCUACGUGCUCAGUGUCACAGCAGCAGAUGCGGGCUCGCCUCCUCUCACAAGCACGCACACCUUCACCGUGGACAUCUCGGACGUCAAUGACAACGCGCCCGUCUUCAACCAGACGUCCUACACCAUGUACGUGCGGGAGAACAACGCGCCCACGGUGUUUGUGGGAGCCGUGAGUGCUGCAGAUGCUGACGUGGGGCUCAAUGCCAAGGUGACCUAUUCGCUGGCCCCGGUGGCGGCGGCAGAGCGGCCCUCGUGCUCCUGCAUCUCGGUGAACUCUGAGAACGGACACGUGUUUGUGCUGCGGCCCCUGGACUACGAGCGCUUGCGGCAGAGCGAGGUGACGGUCAGCGCCUCUGACGCGGGCUCUCCUCCCCUGCGAGCCAACGUCACCGUGCGCCUCGUGGUGCUGGACGAGAAUGACAAUGCACCGCUCGUGCUCUACCCGGCCCAGGACAGCAGCCCAGCGUCCAGCGAGCUCGUGCCCGUGUCGGCCGAGCCGGGCUACCUCAUCACCAAGGUGGUGGCCGUCGAUGCCGACUCCGGACAGAACUCCUGGCUCUCGUACCACCUGCUCAGGGCCACCGAGCCCGGCCUGUUCAGCGUGGGUGUGCAGAGCGGCGAGGUGCGUCUCAAGAGGCCGGUGACAGAGAGGGACAGCGUGAAGCACAAGCUCCUUGUCCUGGUCCGAGACAACGGCAAGCCCCCGCUGUCAGCCACGGCAGCUCUGAGCGCGCUCCUGCUCAAGGACUUCUCCGACGUGCGCCUCCCGCACAGCAGCCCGCCCGCAGACGAGCAGGGCGACUCCCUGACCACCUAUUUAAUAAUUUCCUUGGUCUUUGUCUCGCUCCUCUUCCUCAUCUCCUCCGCGCUCUUUGUGGCUCGCAAGGUGUGCAAGAGCAAGGAGCUGAAGGCUGCCCAUGUGCUUUCUGGUGCCCACAACUUGCAGAGCGGCCUGGCCGAUGCAGCCGCUGCAGGGACCCUGCCCCGCGCCUAUUGCUACGAGAUCAGCCUCACCACGGGCUCGGGCAGCAGCGAGUUCCAAUUCCUCAAGCCCAUCCUGCCCAGCCUGCCAGCACAGCACUGCGCCACGGGCCAGGGCCCCCAGGAACAGCAACAGGAUUUCCCCUGUGUCCCUGUCAGCACAGAGGACAUGGCACCAGACAAUGCUGGGACACUCUCUGCAAGACAGGAAGGCGCCCAUUCCCGAUUUCGCCGCUUUCCGCCGCCAAUCGCCCGGGACAUCCCCCACACCGAGCCCGGCCGCCGCCGCCGCCGCUGCGCCAUGGCGAUCGCAAGGCAAGUGCUUUGUCUCUCUGCUUUCCUGGCGCUGCCGCUCGCUCGCGCCGAGCCCAUCCGCUACUCCGUAGCCGAGGAGGCGGAAAGCGGCUCCCUGGUCGGCAAGCUGGCGGAGGACGCGGGGCUGACGCCGCCGCAGCUGUCGGCUCGCCGCGCCCGCCUGCUCUCGGAGGACGGCCGGCAGCAUUUGCGCUUAGACCGCGGCUCCGGCCGCCUCCUCGUGGCGGGGAGGCUCGACCGGGAGGAGCUGUGCGCCCACUCGGCCACCUGCAUGCUCCCCUUCGAGCUGCUGCUCUCCGACCCCCUGCAGUUCUUUCGGGUUGAGGUAACUCUGAACGAUAUCAAUGACCAUUCGCCUGUUUUUCGUGAACAUCUAAUCACAUUUAGAAUCCCAGAAACGAGCGAUCCCGGUUCACGUUUUCCACUGGAGAUGGCUCAAGAUCCCGAUAUUGGUAGCAAUAACAUCCAGGCGUACAGCAUCACUCCUGCGAAUGAUUACUUUAGUCUCUUUUAUGGGACUCGGGAUGAGGAUAACAAAUUUCUUGAACUGGUGUUGGAAAAGGCGCUAGAUAGGGAGGAGCAGGAAGAGAUGAGUUUCAGUGUUAUUGCUGAAGACGGGGGCUCUCCUCCCAGAAGUGGCACCACCGAAGUGAAAAUUGUCAUUCUAGAUGUAAAUGACAAUGCUCCUGUGUUCACACAGCAGGUGUAUAUUGGAAAGGUUCAGGAGAACAUGCCAGAAGGUUCUGUGAUUCUGACUGUGUUGGCAACAGAUAAAGAUGCAGGAGUUAAUGGAGACAUCUCCUAUCAACUCAACCAGGCAGUGGGGCAGAGCGACUCAGCAUUUGUGAUUGAUCCCACAACUGGCGAAAUUAAAAUCACAAAACCCCUGGACUUCGAGGAAGCAGAGACUCACGAGCUGAUUGUGAGGGCCACAGAUGGUGGGGGGCUCUCAGCAAUCUGCAAAGUGCUGGUGCAGGUGGUGGAUGUGAAUGACAAUGCCCCAGAGCUGACGGUCAGCUCCUUCAGCAGUCCCCUCCCCGAGAACACAGUGCCCGGCACCGUGGUUGCCCUGUUUACGGUCAGGGACCGCGAUUCUGGUGCCAACGGGAAGAUCUCGUGUGCCCUGGACGAUCAGCUCUUCUUCUCCCUGCGGCCAGCCUACAAGAAUUACUAUGAGCUGGUGACAGUGAGCGCGCUGGACCGCGAGCACACGGCUCGCUACGUGCUCAGUGUCACAGCAGCAGAUGCGGGCUCGCCUCCUCUCACAAGCACGCACACCUUCACCGUGGACAUCUCGGACGUCAAUGACAACGCGCCCGUCUUCAACCAGACGUCCUACACCAUGUACGUGCGGGAGAACAACGCGCCCACGGUGUUUGUGGGAGCCGUGAGCGCUGCAGAUGCUGACGUGGGGCUCAAUGCCAAGGUGACCUAUUCGCUGGCCCCGGUGGCGGCGGCAGAGCGGCCCUCGUGCUCCUGCAUCUCGGUGAACUCUGAGAACGGACACGUGUUUGUGCUGCGGCCCCUGGACUACGAGCGCUUGCGGCAGAGCGAGGUGACGGUCAGCGCCUCUGACGCGGGCUCUCCUCCCCUGCGAGCCAACGUCACCGUGCGCCUCGUGGUGCUGGACGAGAAUGACAAUGCACCGCUCGUGCUCUACCCGGCCCAGGACAGCAGCCCAGCGUCCAGCGAGCUCGUGCCCGUGUCGGCCGAGCCGGGCUACCUCAUCACCAAAGUGGUGGCCGUCGAUGCCGACUCCGGACAGAACUCCUGGCUCUCGUACCACCUGCUCAGGGCCACCGAGCCCGGCCUGUUCAGCGUGGGUGUGCAGAGCGGCGAGGUGCGUCUCAAGAGGCCGGUGACAGAGAGGGACAGCGUGAAGCACAAGCUCCUUGUCCUGGUCCGAGACAACGGCAAGCCCCCGCUGUCAGCCACGGCAGCUCUGAGCGCGCUCCUGCUCAAGGACUUCUCCGACGUGCGCCUCCCGCACAGCAGCCCGCCCACAGACGAGCAGGGCGACUCCCUGACCACCUAUUUAAUCAUUUCCUUGGUCUUUGUCUCGCUCCUCUUCCUCAUCUCCUCCGCGCUCUUUGUGGCUCGCAAGGUGUGCAAGAGCAAGGAGCUGAAGGCUGCCCAUGUGCUUUCUGGUGCCCACAACUUGCAGAGCGGCCUGGCCGAUGCAGCCGCUGCAGGGACCCUGCCCCGCGCCUAUUGCUACGAGAUCAGCCUCACCACGGGCUCGGGCAACAGCGAGUUCCAAUUCCUCAAGCCCAUCCUGCCCAGCCUGCCAGCACAGCACUGCGCCACGGGCCAGGGCCCCCAGGAACAGCAACAGGAUUUCCCCUGUGUCCCUGUCAGCACAGAGGACAUGGCACCAGACAAUGCUGGGACACUCUCUGCUAGACAGUUUAAUUCUCUUGCUUUUAACUAGGUCAGGAUGUGCCUAUCCAGAGGCUUCAUGACUCAUAGGAGGAGGGGAUCUGAGCUGCUGCGUGUGGAAAUGAUUCCUCCAGACCAAACCUGUGUGUCCAAUUUGCAUAGCAAAUUUCCUACAAAUUUCAAGUCAUUCUGAACUUUAUCUCUAAAAGCACUCAUAAGGAAGAAAAAAAUCCUCAGAUUCUCUUCCUCACAAAAUUGUCCAUUUCACUAUUGUCACUGCCAUUUCUGAUAGGAUUUAUUCAUGGACUCCCAGUUUUCCUCUUACAAGUCUUACUGUCAGGCCUGUCCUUUGACUUCUUACUCAUUGUUUUAGCUUAAUGUAACAGUCCUUUAGACAAAUAUCACAGUUGCUGACAUGACACAGAGCUCUUUUCCCAGCUCAGAUAAGCAAGGUAGUUCUGAAUACUGUGUCAUGCUAUUCUGUUAGCACACAUCUUUUUAUUUUGGAGUUUUGAAUUUCUCUGUUAGAGAUGUGUGGGCUCUGCGUUCUAUUCUUUUUCUAAGCAUGUCUGUUUGCAUGACCAUUGUGCAUCUGCAUAUGCUUCAGCUGUGCUGUGCUGUGCUGUGAAAUGGGGAGUUGACUCCAUGCAACCGCUACAGUGCAGUCACUCCAGCUCAGCAGGCAAGGAUCUUUUGUUUUGAUCCUUUCAGGGUAGACAAGAGCAGCAAAGAAUUAAACAAAAUAACCCCUUUGACCUGGAAAUGUGUGUUCGGUGUUCUGUGUCCUUGGGUUUGCCUUGCAAAUGCAGCAGGGUAAGGAUAAGCUGUGUUUGGACUGGCUAUAACAAUACAAACUCAUGAAAACUUAUUCAUUGUCUUUGGGUGCAUGAAAACACCCUAGGUCCCUCAAAGACAAUUUUCUGAGCAUAAAAUCAAAACCUUAGAAAAUGGAAUUUGAGUUUUAAUUCUGAGUCCUGUUUCAAAUUCAGGGUUUUCUUCUCAGCAGUAGAAAGUUGUUCCCACGUGACAAUCUCGUAUUGUGAUAGAGCAUUUGAUUUCCCAUUUUCCUAGUCCUACUAGACCUGCUAGUUACCUAGUACUACUCUCUGAACAAUGUUUUGUCUGUUCAUUAAGAGAAGGACUUCCACGCGAUCUAUAGUAGCUGGUUCUUUGAAUGAUGUAUGUGAUGCAUGGAAUAUCCAAAAAGACUCCCGCAUUCCUUGUUGUGCUGAAGUUAUACAGUUUCAGGUUGUAAAAUGCUAUACCUCCGAAUUUAAAAAUUUAAAAGAUAUGUAGAAAAGAAAUAAAGAGAACACCAUGAGUCCUUUCAUGGAGAAAGAAGUCUUUGCAGGGACGUUCAUUACUAGAAAGCUUUUCAAUAUUUUAAAAAUUCUGAGAGU